GAUAGGCCACAAGGGCGAGCCAUAUCGCGAUCUCAUCUACCCGAAGAUGGCGCAGGCCGUCGUGAUGAUGAUGCUGACGGCGCAGGAUCACAUGGAGCGGCGGCGUUGCAGCUUCGAGCUGUACGGCGCCGACUUCGUCGUCACCGAGGAUCUGUCGGUCUGGCUCAUUGAGAUCAACACCAACCCCCGUAUGCACCCACCCAGCUCCAGGACCACGAAGCGUCUUUACUCCAGCGUGUUGGACAGUCUGGUGAAAGUGAUAAUGGACGCGCCGCCGGUGGACGCUUGCGCCGACACGGGUGACUUCAGCCUGCUCUACAAGCAGCACGUAGCCGACUUCCAACCUUACCUCGGUCCGUGCCUCUUCGUAGCCGGCGAGUCGAUGACAUUGCACGAGCAGCCGCAGAAAGAAAGAAGGACAAACAUUUGCGGUCCCUGGAGCAAGCAACGUGCAAAGACCGCCCCGCCCAUGAUCCCGCGCUCCAGAGAGCCAAACGUGGUCGACCUUAUUGACCACUUGAACGCGGCGCGAUGCACCGCGGCCAAUUGACGCGCGGGACGCCGAGGGACAGAUAUACGAGCGAAUCAUCGCGAGUCAUUCCCUCGGUCCCUUCGUAGCCUCUGCGAGGUAAAAGCUCCGCCAGCCGGUUGUUAUCUCGCCACGAAAAUCACCGGCUCUCUCGGCUGGAUUUUCCCGAGUCCGACCUCAGGUCUGGCAGUAGCGCGAUGUUUCUCGUUUCACUACUGACGCGCGAUUUCCGCGCGAAAUCGCGCGCUUUACACGCGUGACUUUGCGCCGGAACGAGGACGAAAUGUCGAGAGAGAAGCGCGAGCCUUUCGCGCUGAUGAGAGACUCCGGUUUCUGAUUAAUCGACAGCGCGCGCGCACGCACGAUUGAACACGGAGAAUUUGCACAGCCGGAUUUUUUCACGCUAAAUUUGCCCGCGCCACGCCGCGUGUAAUUAACGAGCUUAAGAUAGCGCGCCGUAAUUAAUGUUGUCAUUAGCGGCGGUGUCCGCGCCGCGCCGGGGAGUUCUUCUCUCCGAGGAGAGCCGCGCGCGGCGCGAAGAAGCGCGCCGACUAGCGUCGAGGGAGUAUGACGAGUCGGCGAGAACUUCCUCGAAACACAUACAUGCGCGGCGAAUAAUGAGGCGAACUCUUCCGGCUUGCGUAUAUCGACGUUACACUUUUGCGGGGAAUUCGCGCGUAACGAUAUUAGCCGUAGUGUAACGUUAUUAGCGGCGCUCUCUCGGCGAAUCGCGAACCGCAUGUGGCGAUAUAAGAAAAUUGGAGGGCGAUUCUUCUCGACGAGCCUUCUUCGAGCGCGCGUCGAAACUCCAGAGAUCAAGCUGACGCGCUUAGAGAUGGGAAAUUACUGUUAGAUUGAAAAAUUACUAACACUGACGGUAAAAUUGUAAUUUACCGGUACUUUUGGUAAAUUCGUUUUUUUUUUUAUAGUUUCAUGCACAAAUAGGCAUAUUUACUACUAAAGUACUGUUUCUAUAUAAUUAUUUAUGGGGAGAAAAGCAAGUAUAAAGUGCAAGCAAGUAAAGUGGAGGUAGUCAAUUGGAAAGAGAUAAAGUGCUACUCUUUCUGUUGAAAAGUCGCAAUACUACAUAUUUAAACA